AUGAAUCUCCACGCCAACUUUAUGCAACUCUGGUCGGCCAAGUUCCCCAGUUGCAGUGAUUCCAUUCCCCGACUGGACUGCCUCAAGGCUGAUCAGUUCCUCACCGUGAAUGAACAACGUGCCGCCCUCGAGAUCGCGCACUCUGAGGUGCUCUCCUCCACGGAGAACCUGCGGGCAGCUCUCACCCAACAGAUGUUCAUUGCUGACUACCUGCGC